CUAAAAAAUGGAAACAUUGGCAUAAGACCUUUACUAACUUUAUCACAGAGUGUGGUUCAAAAGCUCCAGAUAAGUAUCGUAUCACCUAACGUGUAUGAAUAUAUUGAAGACUGUACUGAUUAUAAUUCAGCGCUCGAAGUAUUAAAUCAGUUGUUUAUUAAAAAGACGAAUGAAAUAUUUGCUCAAGAUCAGGAUUUACUCGCUACUAGACGGCAAAAGCCAGGUGAAACACUCGUAGAAUUUAUUCAGGAACUUCGGAGACUAAGGCUGGGAUUACACUACCGGAUUGAUUUUCAUACCGGAUCAAUUUUCACACCGAAGCCAAAAUCAAGGGUGUUUACACUAUGCCGCUUCGCUCUGUUGCCAGCUCGUAUCUUUUAUCGUUGCCACGGAAACAAAUAAUAAGUUUUGCCCAUUUUGGACGUUUUCUCGACAGUACUUGUGAAUUCUAACUUUGUUUACAAAGCUUGACCACCCGACGUUGCUUUGUCUCGCUCUUAUCGAAAAUUGACGAGUAUUUCAUUAAAUUUUGCCCUUUUGAAAGCAAGAAGUCAAUGUUAUUCCCGCUAUCUUUAUUUGUCUUCGCUAGAAAUAAUAAAUAAUUGUAAAGCGAAGCAAACAACAGCUAUAAAAUAUUUAAAAGCGAGUAAAUAAAACGACAGUGUUAAAAUAUACUUGCCGAAACCUAUUUAUAGUACCGGAGCGUACCGGAUUGCCUGAUUACACUUGGUUUUAUCCGGUACAGCACGUAUCAGAUUACUUUUCAUAUCACCUCCAAAGCGAAGUGAUUUUCGCGCCGCGGCACGUACCGGAUUACAGUGGCGUAGUGUAAACAAGAGGCCAAUCCGGUACAGAAAUCGCGUCGCUUCGAUGCAAUCCGGUAUAGUGUAAUCGGGGCCUAAGUAAGGAUUGUAAUCUAAAAAGUGUUACUGCUGAACAGUAUCGGGAGGAACUAAUUCGAGACUCUUUUAUUAAUGGUCUACUUUCCCCAUUAAUUCGUCAACGUCUUCUAGAGAACAGUACAUUAGAUUUGAAAUCUGCUUUUGACCAAGCUAAUGCUUUAGAUUUAGCACAGAAGAACGCAGAAACGUAUACUAUACCCACCAUUCCCACAGCUACAGCGGCAGCUGUUUCAGUAACAGAACAGACCUCGAAAGCUGCUGCCUCUGAUGACGAUGCCCCUCUUGCCGGAACAUUUACAUCAAAGAAAUGCUAUUUCUGUGGUAAUUCUAUCCAUAAUAGAAGAAAUUGCCCUGCCCGAAAUUGUGUGUGUGAUAGCUGUGGCAAAAGGGGACAUUAUGCAAACGUUUGCAGGUCAAAGGCCCCUACGGUUGCUUCAAUAUUUUCGCCCUCACUUUGUGCAAUCGUGGCUUCCUGUCCAGAGUCUUUGAAGCAAGCAUCUGUAAUGGUCUCUGUUGGAAACAAACCGUUGACUGCACUUGUUGAUUCUGGAAGUUCUGACAGCUAUAUAAGUGAGAGCGUGGCCAAACACCUUGAUCUUCAUUUUCAUCCAUUAACACAAGAUGUAUCUAUUGGCCCUGAGUUCCCUCAAGUCACAUGUUGUUGGUCACUGCUAUGUAGAUAUUGCUCUGAAUGAACAUGUGUAUCCAUCCUGUCGUCUGGGAAUACUUAAAGUACUUUGUAGCGAUAUAAUCCUAGGUCAGGAUUUCCAAAAAGAGCACAAGAGUGUUAUUAUCGAAUAUGGUGGUUCUAAACCAGAGCUGAUGAUUCCAAAGUCUACCCCUGUUUGUGCUCUCUCUGCUGCAUCAGUUGAAGAGCCGUCUCUUUUCGCGAAUCUUCGUCCAGAUUGCAAACCAAUUGCAAGUAAAUCGAGACGCUUUAGUAAGGAAGAUCACGAUUUUAUACAACAGGAGGUUAAUCAGCUUCUCUCGGAAGGAAUCAUUGAACCCAGCAAUUCACCUUGGAGAGCACAGGUUGUUGUUGUUAAAGAUCUGUUGAAUAGACACAAGAAGCGGCUCUGCAUAGACUACUCGCAGACCGUUAACCAGUAUACCGAGCUUGACGCCUAUCCUCUACCACGGAUUGAUGAUAUGAUUAACAAUCUUGCUAGCUACAAGUUUUUCUCAACUUUUAAUCUUAAAAGUGCCUAUCAUCAAGUGCCAAUAAAGGAAGCUGAUCAGAAGUAUACUGCCUUCGAAGCCAAUGGAAGACUCGACCACUUCCGACGCGUGCCUUUUGGGGUUACAAAUGGGGUAGCAGUUUUUCAAAGGGCAAUGGAUAAGUUUGUCGAUGAGGAGGGACUCAAAGAUACCUUUCCAUAUUUGGAUAAUAUAACAGUAGCGGGGCGAGACCAAGAAGAGCAUGAUGAAAAUGUCCAGACGUUUCACGAAGCUAUCCGUCGAAGGAAUCUUACCCUCAAUGAAACGAAAUCUGUUGAAUCCAAGUCAUCAAUCAAUUUACGUGGAUAUGGUAUUGGACAUGGUGUAAUUACUCCCGAUCCAGAAAGGCUACGCCCCCUCCAAGAGUUUCCACCACCAGAGAGUGCCCGAACCCUUCAGAGAGUAGUUGGUAUGUUCGCCUAUUAUGCAAAAUGGAUACCCCAUUUUUCUGACAAGAUCAAACCUUUGAUGAAGGCUGUAACAUUCCCACUGGAUUCGGACGCUCUAGCUGCAUUCAAUACUCUCAAGAAAGAAUUUGGGAACGCAGCUCUUCAACACGUAGAUGAGAGCCUUCCGUUUGUGGUCGAGUGCGAUGCCUCGGAAGUGGCGCUCUCUGCUACGUUAAAUCAGGCUGGCCGACCAGUUGCAUUCAUGACGAGGAUGCUCCAUGGCAGUGAAUUACACUAUCCUGCAGUAGAGAAGGAGGCAAUGGCUAUCGUAGAGGCGGUUCGCAAGUGGCAGCAUUUUCUUGCUCGUCGUCAUUUUACUCUGAAAACGGAUCAACGUUCGUUAGCGUUCAUGUUCGACAGCAGAAAAGGAACCAAGAUAAAGAACAAUAAGAUCCAGGCUUGGCGACUCGAGCUUGGUUCCUUCAGCUAUACAGUGGAAUAUCGGCCUGGAAAGGAUAAUGUUACUCCUGAUUCAUUCACACGCGCAUUCUCUGCCUCGAUAUCAUCAAACAACCUCGAAGAAAUCCGUAUUGGGUCGUGUCAUCCCGGUGUAACUCGAAUGUUACACUUC